AUGAGUGGUAACGAGCCACCUGCUUCGCCUAGCACCACAGGUGAAACUCCUAAGCCAAAGGUCAAGAAACAAUGGAAGAGUCCGGCCUUGAGAAUGAUGGGGAUUCCUCGUUUCUCUCUUCCAUCUCGUAAUUGGCUCAUUUUCUGGACGGUCUUGGCAGGCAUUGGUGGAGGAAUCGCCUACGAUAAAUACGAACAAAAGCAGAUCAGGGCAAAGUGGAUGAAGCACGUCGAACACUUGAGCCAGGAGGCUUAUCCCAAUGACCGAAUACCUCGAAAAAUGUCAAUUUUCAUCGCUCCUCCUCCAGAUAACUUUUUGGAUGUGUCCAUGCAAUAUUUCAGAAAAUACGUCAAGCCUGUGUUGAACGCAGCCGCUGUAGAUUACGAGGUGUACAGCGAGAACCGCCAGGGAGAUAUUCGUGCUAGCGUGGCUGAGAAGAUUAGAGAAUUGAGGAGAGAGAGAAGUGGUGUAGAGAAUACUCAGAGUGACCAGAAUAGUCGAAAUAAUUCCCCGAAAGAUAUGCUUGCUUCGUUUAAAAAGUUGACUGGUGGUGCUCCGAAGUCUGAGGACGACGAAGAAGUACUCGUAAAGCGCCUGGACUUAUAUAAAGUGAGAGACGUUCUUGGGUUCUAUUAUUUCAACGACACCAUUUAUCCUCACCGAGACGACGAGCUUGACCCGGAAAAAGCAGGUGGAGUCAUUUGCAUUGGCCGUGGUGCAUUUAAGGAGUAUAUGGCGGGAGUCCACGAGGGUCUUUUGGGUCCUUUGGAGGCUCCCGAGCCAACAGUCGAAAAAGUUAGCGAAUUCAAAAAUGAAGAUGGUAAUUCUGAUGCUACAGUGAGCACCGAAACGAAGGCUGAAGUUGCAGAAACUACAAUCGACGAAGAGACUGGCGAGACGAAGGAGGAAACCAAUCCAGUUCCCAAACCAUUCAUACGACCCGAGCAAUAUGCCGAUGCUGAGUUGGCACCGGAACUCGAUACCAGCAGACAAGUGUUGAACGACAAAAAGGUUCCUGUUCUCUUUGAACAGCCAGUUUAUGUUUUCGCUUUACCAACAAUUGUGGGGUUCACCAACACCCCUCGUAAGAUAUACCGAUUUUUCAACCAGAGGUAUGAAGCCGACGACUUUUGCAGAAGAACAGCCCAACUCGUAGACAACAAAUCCAGGCCGUUUGAGUACAAGGACCAAUUCAUGGCUAAAGAGGAGGAGUCGGAGUGGCCUAAAAAAUGGGUGCAAAAAGGAAAGGACAAGGGUUCUGAAUGGGUUCAAGAAUUGGUGGUGGACGAUCGGAUUGCCCAACGGUUCCGUGUAUUCGAAGUUGACGAAAAGUAG